AUGGAUGACUUAAUACAAGAGAUGGGUAAAUACGUGGUGAAAAUGCAUAAAGAUUCGGGAGAACCUAGCAGAAUAUGGAACAUUGAAGAUUUCAAAGAAGUGAUUGACAACAACACAGGGACCAUGACAGUGGAAGCAAUCUGGUAUACUUAUUUUGGCAAAUAUGCUUUAAUAAAGAGAGGGUUGCCAAAGUUUGGAGAUAUUUCCAGAAAUCAUUCGAAGAAUAAGUCAGAGUUAGAGAUAAAGGUGAAAGGCAUUGGGAUAAGGGAAAUACCGUCAUCUAUUAUUCAGCACCAAGCUCAUCUUACAAAGCUAGAUUUGUCAGUCAUGGAAAAACUUAAAGCUCUUUCAAGUAGCAUUGGCAUGUUGAAAGGAUUGGUGAAGCUAGAUGUGUCGUGGUGCCCAAAAUUUAAAAACUUGCCCGAAGAGAUAGGUGAUUUAGAAAACAUGGAGGAGCUUGAUGCUAGCUGCACUCGAAUUUUACAGCCUCCCUCUUCCAUUGUCCAAUGGAGGACUUCCGGAAGACAUUGGAUGCUUAUCGUCUUUGAAAGAUUGCAUCUCAAUGGAAAUAAUUUUGUGCAUUUGCCUGGAAGCAUAGCCCAACUUGGUGAUCUUGAAACCUUGUACUUAUCAAAUUGCAAGAGGCUUCCACAGCUGCCAGAAUUUUCAAAGCAAUUGCAUACAAUAUCUGCACAUUGGAGCAAUGAUUUGAUAUGUAAUUCAUUGUUUCAGAAUAUUUCAUAUGCUUCAGAUUCCUUGUCACUAAGAGCACUUAUGAGUUGGGGGAUCAACAAACCAGGUUGA